AUCAAUACUUUAAUACAAAAUAACACCAGGGAAGGCGCGAUCUACUUGCUCGUGCGUUCUUCAUCCAACGAACGACUAGUUUAACAACACAAGUCAUUUUGUUGCUUCUAAAUUUUUUUGUUAUCAAUACAAACAAAUAUUUGUACUUAAUUACACGUGAUUGAAAAUUUAAAAAAUGAUAUCGACAAUUGGAGUACUGACAAUUAUUACAAUUGUUCAUGGAACAAUGUACAUACCAUCAGUGAAGGAUCGUUUGUAUUCGGAUUUACUACUCCGGGAUAUAAUUGAUCACAUGAGUAAAGAUUUGGCAGAAACAGCGGACUCUUAUCUCGAGUAUCAAGACACAGCUCGCGAUUCCGAGGACUAUGAUAAAGCGAAGGAAAUCCCCGCAGAAAUGCCGAUUGAUUACGAAGGAAUCGAGGCACUUAAUCCUAAUCCGAGUAUCCGCGACCACGAGUACCUGAGACACAGCACGCUUGUAGCAAACCAGAGAUUGACUCAGGAUGUCGUUGAUGACAGCCACAAAAUUCAAGCUCCCGCUCCCAAGGGACCCAAAGAAGAAAAAUCGGAAAAUACGCUGCCGGCUUAUUGCACUCCGCCCAACCCGUGUCCUAUUGGAUACACAAGCGCCAAUAAUUGUCUGGAGAAUUUCGAAAACUCAGCAGCGUUCAGUCGCGAUUUUCAAGCCUCCCAAGAUUGCAUGUGCGACAGCGAACAUAUGUUAGAUUGUUUGAACAAUAAUAAUGAUAACAAUCAAGCUGCUAUGAGUGGACAGAUUGCAAAUUCGGAGUUUGAAAAAAUAGUCGAACAUUUUCAGGAAAGCAAUCCCUACUUCCGGGGUGAAAAAUUACCAAUAGCCGCCAAAAAAGGGAUCAAUAUUUUUUCGUACUAAUUUUAAUAAAAAAAAAUUACGAUUCAAAAAUUUCUGACUAAUAAUUUCCAAAAAUUUUUUUUUUU